UCUUGCACCAUGGACGAUGCCAGGGGCGUAGCCAAGUGGAGACCUAGGGUGCGACCGCCCCUCUGAGAUUUAACCAAAAAAGGAAAUACCGACCGUCAAUCUAACUUUCCCAAUUCCUUCCAUCGUGACUUUCCUCAUGUGAUCUUCUCUCUCGAUCUCCGAUCUACUCAUGCGAUUUUUCCUCAGGUAGAUAGGCCUCUCCCCUAUCCCACUUACCCCCAAUCUAUCUGCAAUGCAGCAGAGGCGCGACCUUGCCGUGCCAGCCGCUGCCUCGCAGUGAGGUCACGAGGUCGGGGCGACCUCAGCCACAUGCUCUCAACCUCAACUGCAUGCCCUCAACCGGGCCGCGGUACUGAUCUUUCAAGUUGCAUUCCACUGAGUUAGGGUUUGAAGAAUUUCAUCAAGACAACUAGAGUCCUUUUGCUCAAAAUGCAGAAAUAUGAUGGAGAUUACUAUCCUGAGCAAACUUCCAAAUUUCUUGGGUGGCUUAUGCACUUACUCUAGUGAAGGUGGAUGUUUGAAGUUUAACAAAGGGCCGUGGAAUAAUCCCAAUAUUAUGGAGGGUAGAAGUAGCAGUACAUGGACAAUUGAGUCUGGAUCAAAUAUUGAUGAUCAAGUUCCUAAAACUAUUGGACAUAGAGGUCUAGCUCUAGUUUAUGAAGAAUUGAAAAUCCUAACAACGCCAGUGAUAUGACGCCACCUUUAAUGAAGCUCAACAAUGGCAUCGCCUACUCCAAUACCAGUCGAUCCAAGGCUACACCCGUCCCACCGAUCUUUCAUGCAGUGCAUAGCCUCUUUGGAUUAAUCACCUAGCGUCUCAUGUGCCGGCAGUGAGGACAUUUGGCAUGCUCGAUCAAACUACG